CCCAGGCAUUGUGCCCAUCCCCCGUGCCAUGUGGGAACUGCGGUCAGCCUCCUUCUGGAGGGCCAUAUUUGCUGAGUUUUUUGGUACCCUCUUCUAUGUCUUCUUAGGUCUGGGGGCCUCACUGCGUUGGUCUCCUGGCCCCUUGCAUGUCUUGCAAGUGGCCAUAGCCUUUGGCCUGGCCUUGGCUACACUGGUGCAGGCUGUGGGCCAUAUCAGUGGAGCCCAUGUCAAUCCUGCAGUCACUUUUGCCUUCCUUGUGGGCUCCCAGAUGUCUCUGCUCCGUGCCUUCUGCUACAUGGCAGCCCAGCUCCUGGGAGCCGUGACUGGGGCUGCCAUGUUGUAUAGUGUUACCCCACCUGCCGUCCGAGGAAAUCUAGCACUUAACACGUUGCAUCCUGGGGUGAGUGUGGGCCAGGCCACCAUGGUGGAGAUCUUCCUGACACUCCAGUUCGUGCUCUGCAUCUUUGCUACAUAUGAUGAGAGGCGGAAUGGCCGUCUGGGCUCAGUGGCCCUGGCCAUUGGCUUCUCCCUCACCCUGGGGCACCUCUUUGGGAUAUAUUAUACUGGUGCAGGCAUGAACCCUGCCCGCUCCUUUGCUCCUGCCAUUCUCACCCGAAACUUCACCAACCACUGGGUAUACUGGGUGGGCCCAAUCAUUGGAGGGGGCCUAGGCAGCCUUCUCUAUGACUUCCUCCUCUUCCCUCGGCUCAAGAGUGUUUCUGAGAGACUGUCUGUCCUCAAGGGAUCCAGACCCAGUGACCCGAAUGCACAACCAGAGGGCACGGGGGAACCCGUUGAACUGAAGACCCAGGCCUUGUAAAAGCUCCAGCUGGAUAGAGGGAAGCUUCUGGGUUUACGUGGAGGGGCUGAGCCAGCCCCUGGAUGAAGAGACUGUGGGGAGGGACAUGUACUUC